AUGUCCUCCCCAACCUACAUCACCACAAUCUCCUACCCCCGCAUCCCCAACUCGCGCUUCGAUCGCGACUACUACCUACACAAGCACAUGCCGCUCGCCUCCGCAAUCUGGGCGCCCCACAACGUCAAGGUCCUCGCCGUCUUCGCCACCGAAGACCCCAACGCACCCUACCAGCUCCAGGCGAUCUUGGAGUGGGAGAGCAAGGAGGCGUGGGAGCGGGCGCGGGCGGCCGAGGCGACGCAGAAACUGCUGGAGGAUAUGCCGAGGUACACGGACGUGGAGGCUGUGUUUGCUGAGGGGACGCGGUUGUUGUAG